AUGAGUAAAUAUUUGGAUAAAUAUGUUGAGUAUGAGACAAUAGGGAGAGGCAGUUAUGGUAAAGUAAUCAUAGUAUCCAGGGUCUGCACAUUUGGUACGCUAAAAAACAGACCAGAAAGUAUAUGUGGCUAAGAAGAUUCAAUUAUUCAAUCUAAAAUCAAAAGAACAAGAUGAUUCAAAACGAGAAGUUCAUGAGUUCAUUUAAUUAUUAGGUGAUGCUAUUGUAGAAAUUGAAACACCCUCACAUUGUACAAUAUAUAGAGAGCUUCAACGAGAAUGAUACGCUCAUCAUAAUCAUGGAGUACUGUGAAGGUAAGUGCUUUUCAGUAAUCUAUUAGAGGGAGACCUAUCAUUUCACGUCAACAGAAUGAGUCAAAGGAAGGAGUACUUUCCAGAACAAAUAAUAUUGAACUGGUUUCUUUAAUGCGCCUUAGCUUUGAAAUAUAUCCAUGAAUAGAAGAUCUUACACAGAGACAUCAAAAGCCAGAAUAUAUUCUUAUCCUCUAAUGGCUUUGUCAAAAUAGGUGAUUUCGGUAUCUCCAGGGUCUUGGAACACACCCAAGAUCAAGCCAAUACAGUCGUCGGAACUCCCUAUUACAUGAGGUGAUUCACUUACAAUUAUCCCUAGUCCUGAAGUCUGUGAGAAUAAGCCUUACACCUACAAGAGUGAUGUUUGGUCUCUCGGUUGUGUUCUCUAUGAGUUGUGCAAUUUGUCUCAUGCCUUCAAAUCAAACAAUCUGUUGGGCUUAGUUAAUAGGAUUGUCAAAGAAUAAGCCUCUGCCAUUCCCUCACACUACUCCAAAGAACUAGCGGAUCUCAUUAACAAGCUCCUAAUCAAAAAUGCUGAUCAACGACCACACACUUCGGAAAUCUUCAACUUCCCUCUAAUCAGAAAUACUAUGCAAUAAUUUGUUGCAAUGUAAGGCAAAGUACAAUAUCAAGCCCCAAUCAAACGAACCAACACACAUAAUUAAAUUGGGAAGAUGAUCAAGUAAGAAGAAACUACUUAAUAAAACACUACAAAUCCAUAUGACAACACCAUUGACACUGUCUAAUCUAUUGAUUUUAGUUAAUUAACACCGCAGCAAAGGAUGCAAAUGAAGAAAGAGGAAAAAAUACAAAGAGAAUAAAGGGAAUUAGCAUAAGCAAGCAAAUAGAGCUUUUUAUAACAAUAAGCAAGUCAACAAAGAAAGAUUUAAGAUCUCCAAGGCGGAUAAUCACUGGAUUACAAUCAAAAGAGGAAAUAACAAUAACAAUAUCAUGAAGAAUUACAAAGACAAUAACAAUGCAAGUAAUAGGAUUCUUAAGCAAACACUAAAAAAGCUCAAUAACAAGUCCAACCAGGUAAUAAAUCAAACAUGUACAACUAUGAUGAAACCUUGGUUAGUCAAUAUGAGAAAACCUCAUAAAUGGUAUUAUAUUUUGACAUAUUCCUUUAGUUGUAAAAUGAAUCUAAAAAAUACAAUGAAACAAUUCAAAACGAAUCCAAAAAAUAAAAUGAAACCUUUAAAAAAGAAUUAGAAUAAUUCGACAAAACAGUUGAUUCUGAAAUGUGUCAAUCUACCUUUGACAAUACUACUAGAUAAGAAGAAAAAACUGUCACUAAAUCUCAAUUAGAUAGAUUCACUUCUAACUAUCAAAAAUAGGAACUUUCAGUCACUUAAUAGUAUUAAGAUGAAGAAUUUGAGGAAUAUAACAGUGAUGAAGAUGAUGAAGUCAUCAAUCAUAGACUCACCGUUAAAUAGGGUGACAGUGAGAUUGAAGAAGUCGUCAAAUUAUACAAAAUCUAAAUGGAUUAAACCGUAAAAAAGUCUUCAAGCAACAAACUUGAAGGUAUUAAUAUUGCAAUUUUUAGAUAUUUAAGAAACCAGUUAAGAGAGUUGGAACUCAUCUUCAGCUUCUCCAUAAAAGGUCCCCAUCAAUAAUGAUGAUCGAAUUCAAAUCUUAAGGAAAAAGGCUAUAUCUACCAUGGGCUCAGACCUCUUUAAUAAAGCGUAUCAAUUUAUGAGUCAUCAUUUAUCCAAAGGAACUUCAAGCUAGGAGGUAAUCAUAGCAUUUAAUUUAGAUUCGAAAACAUCUAGAAGAAAUAGUUGGUAAAAGCAGGAUGGGAGAUUGCAUGUUGAUAGAUGAAAUAUUAUAUUAUGAGAAUUAUUCUAAAUGA